AUGAGCGGGGUUGGAGAGAUGAUUGUGAGUUCCGUGGCAAAUCGGGUCGCUGGCAGGCUCGCUGACCUUGUGGUGGAGGAGCACACUCUUCUGUGGAGAUUCAAGGACGAUGUGGAUGACAUGAAGGAGAAGAUGAGAGAUUUGGAGGCUGUGAUGCAAGAUGCCGAUGACAAGGCGCGCCAACGAGGAAAAGAUGGAGCCGCGGAGAGGAGGUGGCUCACCAAACUCAAGUCUGUCGCCUAUGACAUUGAGGAUGUGCUGGAUGAGUUCGAUGCUGCUGAGCUCAUCAAGAAACAUCAACCCAAGGUCAAGUUAUUCUUUUCCCGAAACAAUCUGCUCCUCCAGAAGAUGACCAUAGCCCACAACAUGAAGAACUUGAGGGAGAAAAUGGUCAAAAUAGAAACGGAUGGCAAGAAGCUCAAUCUUGUGCUUCAUGAACCACUGGUAGAUGGGAGUAGAGGCAAUGAAACUUUUGCAGUUGAUGAUGUCAUGGAUAUUGGAAUGCUAGAAAGGGAUGCUGAAACAGAAAAAAUAAUCAGCCUUCUAUUGAACACAAAAGCUAAGGAGGAUAUCUCAAUCAUUCCAAUUGUUGGGCUUGGUGGACUAGGGAAGACUACCUUAGCCCAAGCAGUUUUUGCAGACAAAAGGGUCAAUGCCUUCGAUAUGCGAAUCUGGGUUUAUGUUUCUAAGGAGUUUGAUCUGCUCAAGAUUGGGAAAGCUAUCAUCAGAGGAGCAAACAAAAGUAUCAACCUGGACAACUGCAACUUGCAGUUUGUACAAGAUAAUAUGAGAAAAGAACUUGCCAACAGAAGAUACUUGAUUGUUCUGGAUGAUCUUUGGGAAGACUAUGGAGAAAAUUUGGAAAAGUUGAAGCAGAUGUUACAGCAUGGCGACAAGGGUAGCAAGAUUAUAGUAACUACACGUAGUAGAAGUGUAGUGCAAGUACUUCACACUGGUUACCUUACAAAUGAACGGAAAGUAUGUCCUGUGCCUCAGCCUGACCAUAUCAAUUUAGGGGUUUUAUCACCUGACACCUGUUGGAGGGUGAUGAAACGAAGAAUAUUUGGGCCUGAUGAUGAGCAAAGUGGCUUAGAGGAAAUUGGAAGGCAGAUUGCCUGUAAGUGUGGGGGACUACCACUGGUGGCAAAUGCUCUUGGGCAAGUAAUGUCUGAGCACAGGACCAUUGAGGCAUGGACAAAUAUAAGAGACAGAAAAAUAGCUUUGGAUUUCAAAGCAGAUCAUCAGCGUGACACUUUAGAGCGUCUAAUGUUGAGCUAUUACUACAUGAAGCGAGAAUUCAAAAUGUGCUUUACAUAUUUGGCAGCCUUCUCAAAGGGCUUCAUCAUGGACACUGAUCGCUUGAUCCAGCAAUGGAGAGCCCUUGGAUACAUUGAAGCAAGAGCAAGUGGUGAAAGGUGUAUCAAGUAUCUUCUGGGGAUGUCUUUUCUUCAGAUUUCCAAGUCUUUGUUGGUUAGUCCAGUGCACACCAAAGCUCCAAGAAAGCUCAUCAUGCAUGAUUUGGUGCAUGAUCUUGUAACAAUAAUUGCUGCUCAUGAAUUCCUCAUCAUGAAUGCUACUGUACCAAAUACGUGGAAUAAAGCUAAUAAGAAGCGUUAUUGCCGACACACGCAGUUGGUCAACCACAAGAAGCAAUCCAAGGUUUUCAAAGAUCUACCAAGCAAGGUUAGAACCAUCCAUUUUAGGGAGUGCAAUGUAAUGCAGCUUCCCCCAAAGGCAUUCUCAGAAGCAAAGUACAUAAGAAUCUUGGACCUGAGUUGCUGUUCCUUUGAAGGGCAAUCUACAAAUAGUAUAGUGCUGCCAUCGUCCACUCGUCAAUUGCUACUGCUAGCCUAUCUUGAUGUCUCGGGCUUGUCACUUGCAUCACUUCCUAAAUUUUUCCAUACGCUUCAGAAUAUGCAAACUCUAAUUUUGUCCAAUUGCUCUCUUGAAACCCUGCCUGCUAAUAUUGGUAACCUCCACAAGCUUUGUUUUCUAGACUUAUCAGGGAAUAGUGGUCUAACUAAACUUCCGACAUCAUUUAAAAACCUUCUCAGCCUUUCUUUCCUCCAGCUAUCUGGGUGUGCUAAUCUUAAAGAGUUGCCUGAAUCAAUUGACAACCUUAAAUGCCUACAACAACUAGACAUGUCAGGUUGUUGUGCUCUUCAAAAACUCCCUGAUAAAUUUGGUAGCCUUCCUAAACUUUCAUUUGUAAACUUGUCAAGUUGUUCAAAGCUAACCAAACUACCAGACUGUCUUAACCUUGACUCUCUAGAGCAUCUAAACCUCUCAAAUUGCCAUGAGCUAGAAAGUCUACCAGAGGGUAUUGGGAAUCUUUACAAGCUUGAGGUUUUGGACAUGUCUGACUGCUACAGGGUUCAAGUGCUACCAGAAACCUUUUGCCAACUUAAGCAUUUAAAAGACCUUAAUCUUUCAGACUGCCAUGGACUCAGACAACUCCCUGAAAGUUUUGGUGAUCUUUCUGAGAUCCAAUCUUUGAACCUCACAAGCUGUUCCAAGCUACGCACAUUGCCUCACUCAUUAUGCAAGAUACAUAAGUUGAAGCAUCUCAAUUUAUCGUAUUGUAUAAUGCUUGAAUAUCUUCCAUCUUCGUUCAGUAACCUUCAGCUUCAAGUCUUGGAUCUUACUGAUUGUUAUAAUCUGCAUGACUUGCCAGAUAGGAUUAGUAAGAUGACUAGUCUCACCGAGCUUAACAUUGCCGCAGGAUCAGAAUAUGUGUUUGAUAAGGCCCAAAGUAUUAGAGAACAUCUAAAUUUGCCUGGCACUAUAGAACAUGAUGUACAUGAGAUAGAAAAUGUUGGUUCUAGUAGUAUAGUGGAGCUUGGGCGAUUGCAUUGUCAUGAGCUUAUAGUUGGGCAGUUGCCAAACCUAAGACAUGUCACUAUGGAGGACAUGCAUUACGUUAGGAAAAUUGGCAAGGAGUUCUAUGGAGAGGAAGGAAAUUGUAAGAAAUUAAGGGUUAUUUGGUUGGUAAGAAUGGAUAACUUGGAAGAAUGCUGGACAACACGGUCUGGUGAAGAAGAUAAAGAGUUCCUAAUCCCUAAUUUGCAUUAUUUGCAGGUAAUUGACUGCCCAAAGUUGAGUUUCUUACCGUAUCCCCCAAGAAGUAUGAACUGGAAAUUGGAUGGUAGUGACCAGGUGCUGCCAGAACGAGGAUUUGAUAGCCUCGUGUCUUCUACUCUUCCUUUUCUUGUGAGCAUCGAGAACUGUAACUUUUCCCCUGACAGGUGGGGCAGACUUCAGCACCUUGCCACCCUUGAGAACUUUUAUCUUCAAGGCUGUAGUGGCCUGCGGACCUUGCCAGACAUCAUUAAGUGCUUCCUCUCCCUUAGAAGGCUAGAUUUGAGGUCUCUGGAGGACUUGGAAAUAUUGCCAGAAUGGCUGGGGCAGCUCGUUUCCAUAGAUGAAAUCAACAUCAUUGAUUGCCCCAAUCUAACAUCUCUACCUAAAAGCAUACAGAACCUUACUGCCUUAAGAGAACUGUGGUUGCAAAGAUGCAAAGGGCUGGAGAUACUGCCAGAAGGACUGGGGCUGCUCGCUUCCUUGAAAAAGCUUCUCAUUAUGGAUUGCCCCAAGUUGACUUUUCUCCCUGAAAGCAUGAUGAAUCUUACUGGCCUUGAAGAGCUAUGGUUGGGAGGUUUCAAUAGCCUACCAGAAUGGAUAGGGCAGUUGAGUUGUCUAAAAGAAAUUAACAUCUUUGAUUCCCCCAACAUGAUGUGUUUGCCAGAGAGCACGCAGAACCUUAACAACCUGAAGGAACUUUACAUUUGGAACUGCCUAAGACUGAUCGAGAGGUGUCGGGAGGAGGAUGCCAACAAGAUUUCUCACAUUUCUCACAUCCCUAGAGUUAUAUUAGAUGGCAAAAGAUUCAUACCAGGGCAAGCAAUUGAAGGACCAGAGAGGGAAUCAGAGUGAGGAGAAUUCUUGCCCAGGACAGAUGUAAAGAGUAAGAUAAGCAACGGUGGAAAAAAUGUACAUCUGCAUAUUUCAGCGAUUUUGUGAAUAUGGUUUCAUCUUAAAGGUGAAGCGCCAGAUGGGUUCUGUGUGGCAGCGAAUUUGAACAGGCUUUGCUAUGGGCCGGGCCGAGAACGAACAUAUGCUUAAAAUGGAUUGGCCAUUUUCCACUGUGCAAGGUUCAUCUCCUGCGCAAUCCAAGCCUUGGUAGCUCCGAUCACCAAGGACGCCAAGACCUCUCUCUACACGCUCUCCAUUGCAAACAAGAACUAUCUGCUUGACCUCUCCGGCCCGCUGCUGUGGUCACCGUGCUCCUCCACCCACCCCACCGUCCUCCGGCGAGUGCGCCGCCGUGUUGGAGAGACGGAGAAGUACUGCAGCAACGGAGGACGCGCGUGCACCGUCCGCCUGACGAAUCCGGUGACGGGCGAACGGGCUGCCGGCGACCUCACCGUCCCUGACAUUGCAGCCAACCGCGGAGGUCGCCCGUCCAAGGGGUCCUGCGGCAACGAGCUUCGCCACCUCCCUCCCCGUGCAAUUAACAGGCCGUCUCCUCCCGCCCCACGUAUCACGUUCUUAGAAAAAUUCAAACAGAUCAACUGUAUCACGUUGCAACAUGUUUGGGUUAGUUAUGUGCUUCAGUUCGAAUGCUUCGACUAGUUUCGCAGAAGGU